AUGAUGAGAGGCCUCUGUUUUCAUCUCUUGAGGCAGGACGAACAUCUGAGGAACCAGCUGACGAAUCAUUACAAGUUGAGAUCGGAACUUGGCGGUUGGCAGCCCCAGGAAGAGGAACUCCAGCAGAUCGUCAUGGCUGGAUUUCAAACCCGCAGUUCAGCCUCACGUCGAGUUGUGUUCUUCAUCGAUGCUUUGGAUGAAUGCGACGAGAGUAGCGUGAGGCGGACGGUUCACUAUCUGGCGACACUCCUCGAAGCUGCUAUCAACGCAGAUCAAAGACUCGACAUCUGCCUGGCGAGUCGACAUUACCCUACUAUCACCGCUCCGAGAAGCGUGGAUAUUGUUGUUGAGCACGGCAAUGAGCAUGACAUAUCCGAAUACAUUGCUCGCAGAAUUCCGUAUUCGGUGAUGCCCGACUCCGCAUCCGUGGACACCUUACGCGACAUGCUACUUCAGAAAGCAUCGGGUAUUUUUCUAUGGGUUGUACUUGUCAUCGAUAUUGUUCUCCGCGACAUUGACGAAGGCAAGGCAGGCUAUGAGAUCGAAAAGUCUCUAGCUGACGUGCCGGAAGAUCUCGCGGCACUGUUCACCGACCUCAUGAAGACCCUGCGGCUUAAAGAGAGGGCUCAGUCACGGGCGCUAAUCUUUUGGGUCCUCCUGGCAACCCAGGCAGUUCCUGCAAGAGGUGUCGAGGCCUUGCAGCUUUUCAUGAACGAGAGCUUGCAAUCACUCAGUGAUGUGCAGCCCGCUUUACAAAGCCUGGAGCAGCGUUCGCUGGUCUGGGAUGACAACAUCGAACGUGUCAGAAGGAUGGUCCGUACCAUAUCAAGGGGUCUGAUUGAGGUUACCGGAGCAUCUCAAGUCCAGUUCAUCCAUGCGACGGUUCGUGAAUUCUUCCUGACCGAAGGCCCCGACCUCUUUAAGGCGCACUACUUCGUUCCGAUUGGCCACUGCAUGAUCAUCAAGACCUGCCUGCAUGCUCUCUGCGUUCUGCAGCACUCCAAAGCGAAACAGAGGGAGCAGCUCGACAUCUUCAGCGAGACCUCGCAUAUCGACUGGCUACAGCUGUACUCGAGGUCCCUCCCCCGGCAUGCUGUCGAGGCCAGGAGAGAAGUUAAUCUGCCCAAUCAACUCAUCCACUCUGUCGACAGGGUGUGCUCCAUUCUCAUGCGAAGACCGAUAACCGACCAUGCGACCGGCCCUGAAAGAGCUUGCCAAGACAUCAACCGCAAAGGUCUUAGUCCUUCUAUCUUAGGAGACCGACAUCUUGUUGCCUUGUGCGUCGACACUGCCUUACUUUGCAACCAAAUCCUGGAAGCAUUAGAGUGCGGCCGCGCAGCGCAUGAACUCCCAGGAGCGGAUCUGGCGCUUUUCGCCACCCUCAUAGACAGUUCGCACUGGAAGCUGGGACUGUCACUGCCAGUCGCAGCACAAGAGGAUCCAUUCGGCUUUCAGAUCCGCCAAAGCCAGCAGCGUGACGCAAUGAUCCGACUGCAACGAGUGAUAUCCAACGGCGCGCCGGUUAUGUCACGAGAUAGCGAAGGAAACACCGCUAUGCAUUUUGCUGCUUGGCUCGGCAUGUCAGACUUUAUCGACAUUCUCUGCGACCACGGCCACGCGCUCGAUGUCCAGAACAACUACGAAUUGACUCCGCUGCACUUGGCAAUUCAGUACGGGCACUUGGACGCUGCUUCGCGUCUCUUAGCUCGCGGGGCCAACCCCUCUGUAGCUGGGCCGCAGGGCUAUACGGGCCUUCACUUCAGCCUCGAGUCUUCGAGCAAGCCCAUGGUCCAUCUGCUGCUGAACUCCGGAGCCUCGGUCUCGGCGCGGGACGCCUUCGGCCGCACGCCACUGCACGCUGGCGCAAAGUACGGCGCGGCGCGAGACGUCCUGACGCUGCUGAUCCAAGCCGAUGCCGACCCGCUGGCACUGGACUACGACCUGGUCACUCCCGUCAUGAUCGCUACCUACUACGGGCUCGACUCGUCGAGCUGGUCGGACCCGCGACAGCGCUGGAACGGGCACAAGACUAACUUCACCAAGAUGAUGGAGUCCCGCAUCGGACAUCGGCCUCACAGCGCGUUGGAUCCUACUCCCGCGUCGCUCUUCAGCCCGCCGCCCCAUCCUCCGGAUGUCAAGCGACAGUCAGGUCUCUUGGCGGCGCCUGGCGAUGGGUGGCCUGUCUCGGAUCACCUUCCACUGGGCUUGGAUGAUGGUACAAACCGCCGCAGGUCCGAGAGUCCUCCGAUAUUACAUGUCCCUCCUUCGGGUUGUAUUUGA